AUGGUCUUCUAUCCGCCUUCUCAUGUUAAGCUUCCCUUUGAUCCUCCGGACUCUAUCGCCGUUCCGGAAUUUGUCUUUGGAGAAGAUGGCGUUCGCAGACCUCACUCCAAAUCCAAGAACCCCUUCACAUGUGGUAUCUCUGGCAAGACAUACACCACCGCAGAGGUCAUUGAGCGCCAGAAGCUUCUUGCGCGCGCCCUGGCCAAGCGUUUAGGAUAUGAUAUCCGCGAAGGCACAGAGUGGGACAGAGUUGUGGCGCUGUACUCUGUCAACACGAUCGAUUACAUUACCAUGACUCAUGCUGUUCAUCGCCUCGACGGCAUUGUAACGCCUGCCAGUGCCGCUUAUUCUGCACCUGAACUCGAGCAUCAACUUCGUUCAUCUGGCGCCAACGCACUAUUCACCUGCGUCCCCCUUCUCGAAAACGCUUUGCCAGCAGCGAAAGCCGCUGGCAUCCCCGAAGACCGCAUCUUCCUCCUCCCUGUCCCUGGGGCUGAGAGUAGACAACCCUUCAAGACAAUUGACGAUUUGAUUGCGGAGGGUAAAGACGCGCCUGAGCUGAAGCCUUUGAAUUGGGUCAAGGGCCAAGGUGAGAGGCAAGUGGCGUACUUGUGUUACUCUAGUGGAACAUCUGGCCUUCCUAAAGCAGUUCAAAUCAGCCAUCGCAACGUCAUUGCGAAUGUCAUCCAAGCGACAGUUCAAAACGUCGAAGGCCGCAAAGAGGCUGGUGUAGAUGGACAGGUCCAGCUUGGUCUUUUACCGCUGAGCCACAUCUACGGCUUGGUUCCAGUCGCUCAUUACGGUAUCUACAACGGUGAUGAGACAAUAAUCCUUCCCAAGUUUGACCUCAAGAUGCUUCUGUCUGCUAUCCAACGCUUCAAGAUCCAGCAAAUGGCCCUUGUUCCUCCCAUCUUCAUCCAAAUGAUGAGCAAUUACGCCGAAUGCCAAAAGUAUGACCUUAGCUCUGUGCGCUUCAUCUUCAGUGGUGCUGCACCUCUUGGAAAAGAAACAACACUCGAUUUGAACAAGCACUGGCCCAGCUGGCACAUCUGCCAGGGUUACGGUCUCACUGAAACCUCUCCUGUCGUGACUUCAACAAGUGAACUCGACAUCGACCCCGGUUCUUCGGGAACUCUCUUGCCUGGCCUGAAAGCAAAGAUCAUCGACGCCGAGGGCAAGGAAGUCACUGAGUACAACAAGCCCGGCGAACUCUUUGUUCAAGGUCCCACUGUCGUCCUUGGGUAUCUCAACAACGCCAAAGCUACAGCAGAGACAUUCGUUCAUCAUGAAGACGGUCGCUGGAUGAGAACAGGUGACGAGGUUAUCGUGCGCAAGUCAGCAAAGGGCACAGAGCAUUUCGUAGUCGUGGAUCGCAUUAAGGAGCUCAUCAAAGUCAAGGGCCACCAAGUUGCACCCGCAGAGCUCGAAGCCCAUCUACUCACGCACCCUCUUGUAGACGAUUGCGCUGUCAUUCAAGUCCCCGAUGUCCGCGCCGGCGAAGUCCCUAAGGCUUUCGUCGUCAAGGCACCACAAGCCAAGGGCAAAUCCGACGAUGAGUUAGCCCAGAGCAUCAACAAGCAUGUUGAAGAGCACAAGGCUCGACACAAGUGGCUCAAGGGUGGUAUUGAGUUCAUCGACGUGAUUCCCAAGAGUCCCAGUGGUAAGAUCCUACGGCGCUUGCUCCGAGACCGGGAGAGACAAGCUAGGAAAGAGAAGGGGGCCAAGCUGUAA